UGUCGCCACACCUUCGCGGAAGCCAAAUCCCCAAAUGAUCCUGCCAUUUCAUUAGCCAUUUUGCCCUGUGGGGCGCACGCCGCAUCAGCCACAUCAACGUCUUCUCAUCAAGCAAGCAUGGCCGAGCCUGCGCUAGCGCUGGAUGAGGCUGCGCGGCUGGAACGCCGACGCAAGCAAUGCCGUGUGAGCCAGCGGCGCUACCGCGACAAGAAGAGCUCGACCGAGUACAAUCUCAAACUGGACAUCAACAGUCUGCGCGAGAGCGUGCAGUCGCUCAAGGGUCUGCGCGAAUUGCUGGAGACCAAGCUCUGGAGCUCCAAGCUCUCGCAGAAUGCUGCUGUCCUCAAGGCUGUGGAGCAGUACUACGCCGUGUUUGAACAAGGCCUACACAACCCAGAGGCCGGCGGCGAGAAUGUGCGCAAGUGCUUCGAGAUGCAGCUGGGCUUCCUCCGCGUAUUCCUACAUCCGAAUGUGACAUUCGGCGACGCGCAUGGACUGAGGGACCUGCUGGAGCAGUGGCACCGUUAUACGCAAUUCCACGCGUGGAUCGAGACUGGUUUCGUGUCGGCCGACGUCUACGGCUCCACGGACUCGCCGGUCGUCGUGGCAAAAGGCACGCUCACGGUGCUGAUGAACCGCGUGACGCUCGAGAAGAUAUUCCCGCGCGCGCUGGAGGAGCCGGAGCUUGCAACGCUGCUCAUGAACAACGUGGUCGAGUACCGGACGGCCACCACCUUCUCGUUCAAUGAACGCGGACAGGUCGAGCGCAUGGAAUGGGACGUGGAUUUCCUCGACGGUAUCAGCAAUCUGUUCGGAAGUGCGAUCGACGCGUCGCGAGUGCUGCAGGGCGCGCUGCUCAGAGAAGGUUCCAAACUCAGUGCGAGCGUAGAGGAUGAUACCUCGGACGGUCGGCGGCAGUGCAGCAUGGUGGAGCGCGAGCUGGGGAAGGCCCGGCCGGGCGACGGGUCGCGAGCGAGCUUGAGCUACAUCAUGACCUGAUUUGCUCGAAUCUUGUUAGGGACGCGCAAGUUGUUAGUAAAUCGUGUGUGGAUGUGAAAAAUUGUGACUGCCUUAAUAACUUUAGGAAAUGAAUAACGUCGAAGUGCCAUCUUAAAAAUGCUACGUGCUUAGUGGUUUGACAAAACCGUCGGACGUGCUGAUCAAAACAUCAAAACGGUAUCCUUCGUCAAUGUGGUUGCUGGA